UGGCUCUUAGUAUGGCCCUUCUUUCAGAUGCCGCAUCGAAGGAUCCAACCCCACAAAAAGGCACUGGAAACGCCGCAGCUGACAAUCCUCUCGGUGGUAUUCAAAUGCCAUUUAUUAAGCAGGAUGGCAGAACUUUCAAU